AGCGAACAUCACCUGUCGAUCUCCAACCAAGACAAACACAUCCAGAUCAACGCCAUGUCACACCGUGGCUAUCAUGUGAAUGUCAAAGCUGCUCCCUCACUCAAAGACCGCCACCAGAUGGAAACGCAGCCAUGAAAGAGAUCAUAUCCUCCAAAGGCAAACACCGCCAAUUUGCGGCCAGAUUUGCCCUCGACAUCUGUUCAGGCAGCUCGUAAGCCAAUGUCGACACUGGGUGAAUAUUCCCAGCGUCUUGAUCUCAACUCCUCCACCUUCAGAGGUCGUUCCUCAAGAUGGGCUAUUGUGUUGCCUGGCAAAUGCGUUGUCGGUGGGCAGUGCUGCAUCUGCGGGCCAUCAUCUGGACCAAGCAUUGCUCAAUUAGACGCGCCUACCCUUGCGGCUCAGCCUCCCAGCCUGUCACGCAUACUGUAUACUUGACUCUCUUUUCAGCUUCAACUCAUUUCUCCGAUGAACGCGGACGUCGGCUACACCCAUCCGACCUAUAACUAAGAUGGCACUUAUGUUUGGUACAGGCGGGUUCGCUUUGGCGAGCUGGGGCUUUUCCGUUGGCGACAUUGCUGCCCUCGCAGGCGCUGGGCGCAAAAUUGGGACAUGGCUUACAGCUCACUUGAGCGAUAGAGCGCUUUUCGAUUGGACGGGCACAGAUGUCGACGCUUUGUUCACGAGGCGCGGAAUCCUCGAUGUCGAGGCUCUUCAGCGUCGUUGGGACCGGGAAAUUAUCCUGCUUCAAAAUGGUCAUGUCAAAACGAUCGAGACGACACCAGGAGCCGCGGCGCUGCAUCGCAUGGACCGCUGGACAUGGCUUAUGACUCUGUUCACGGCUGCACUGGAGGCGGCUGUCUCAUCCAUCGACCUGCGUUCUAUCAUGAACAAGGUUCUCCUGCAGACUGUCGAGGAAUGGGAGGAGAGCAGCGACUUUCUGCUCCGUGAAGGCCCCAGUCACAUUGCUGGGUGGCGCUCCGCGGCAUGUCUCGGGGCUUUCGAUCGAGGCCCGAAGCUUGUGGGAGUCGCUCGCCGAGCAGGGCAAGCAUCCGGCAGGUUUCAUACCCAGCUCGGAAAAUGCGGAGAUCAUAUCUUCUCCCUUGCAAUCUUGCUAGAAGAGCUGGGAGUGCUUCUCAAGACGACUGAGAACUCUCCUGACUGUUUGGACGGGGGAAGCACAGUAAUAUACUGGAAUCGUGAUAUUCCCGAUUUUUCGCAGUAUACACACGCCAAGAAACGUCGAAGAGCAGGCAUGCGUAUUCCCCUAGCAUUCAUCGAAGAAGCUGGCUCACUGUUCCCAAACACUCGCAACGAGGUCGGACAGAUCAUGCAAGAUGCUAUUGAGGCUGUACACCGAGCCAAAAUUGACCUGUUCUCGAUGCUACCUGAUAAGAAUGAGUCCUUUCAGAAGAACACUGCCGUUCACAUCCACGAGCAGGAGGUGGAAUACACGCUAAGCAACGAUGCAGAAACCACUGUACCACGCCUAGAAGGCGACGAGCUCCGCUUCAUCAAGUGGUUCUUGCUAAAGCCUGGACCUGCGGCCGUUGGUCCAUACAGAUCAGAUGCCCUGACAGGAGGCGUUUGGGUCUUGGAGCUGGUCGGACCUGGAGUGCCUAGACCUUAUACGCCAGUGCCUCGCAUCCGCGCGUCGUCAGAAGUCUAUCGUAUCCCUUCGACGCCAGGAAGUCUUGAAGAUGGGCUACUUAUAGAGAACGGCAACACGGCCGGGUGCUUUGCGUUGCUUCACGUUGACUCAACCUGUGCGAUAACGAUGAGCUGCGAGGCGCACACCGAAGAGAAGAAUAUUCAGGUCCAGGUGAUGGCUAAGAUCUUUUCCAAAGCCGACGAGGUUCUGAUCUAG